AUCAGAAUUUGGUAAUCAACAUCAACGUUACCACACUCGCGCUUUUAAACGCUUAUAAAUUUUUUUGCACCGUCACCCUGAUAGGCUGCGAUUUUGCCUCCAUUUAUUUUAUUUUUUUUAAAGAACAGUUUAAACAGAUAAAAACUUUAUUUAUUUUUUUAAAUAUGCGCAGUCAUUCACCUGUCUGUCAGCUGACUGCGCAUGUGAUUUUAAGUUUAACCGCGAACUUCCGGGUGUUUAAAGUGACGACAAAUAAAAAAAAAAACAAUCCUGCAUUUACAAUAAUAAACAUAAGUAUCCGUGGUUAGCACUUUAGCAUCAGUCAUGAACGAUGUGGAACAAGUCUGGACGUACUUUUUUGCUCUUCUGCGUUUUUAUAACCUUUCCCGCUGUGUUUCUAAGCAACUCGGAGUCGCACAGUUCAGGAGUGUAUGAGUUGGUUCUGGACGGGACAUGGCACCUUCAGAACUCCAACGGUUCUGUGUCACUCAAGGCACAAGUACCCGGAUGUGUGCAUACAACACUGCAGCAACAGCAGCUCAUUGAGGAUCCCUACUAUCGUUUUAAUGACCUGGUCUACAGAUGGAUCUCGCUGGAUAACUGGAAAUACACCACUUCAUUCUCUGUGCCUGACCAUGUCAAAGGGAGCAGGAGAGCUGUUCUCAUAUUUGAAGGUGUGGACACAAUCUCCACUGUAUCUUUAAAUGGAGUCAUCAUCGGAAAGACGGAUAACAUGUUCCGGAGAUAUGACUUUGAGGUUGCAGGACUGCUUAAAGACAUGAAUGUUCUGCAAGUGUGGCUCAAAUCAGCCGUGACCUAUGCAGCAGAGCGAAGUCGAGCCCACAGUUCAUACAAAGUCCCCCCAGAAUGUCCUCCUGCUGUGCAGAAAGGAGAGUGUCAUGUAAACUUUAUUCGAAAGGCACAGAGUUCAUUUAGCUGGGAUUGGGGACCAUCUUUCCCCACUCUUGGCAUCUGGAAGGGUGUUCGUCUACAGUCAUUUAAUACCCUUAGACUAUUAAGCUUUACCACAAAUUCAAAAUAUGACUCUAUCUUGUCAUGCUGGACUGUGGAAAUAGAGUUGUUCUUUGAUGUUACUGCAACCUCAGUAGGUGUUGUCCAUGUGUCCAUGCCACAAUUAAAGUCUGAGGCGAAAUUUUUUCUUUCUCUCGCACAUGAACAAAGCAACACAUCUGUACUUUUUCAGAUCAACCAGAGUGUCACAGUUGAUUUGUGGUGGCCCUACGGAUAUGGACGACAACCGCUGAAGAAUCUUUUAAUAGAUAUCAACAUGGAGGGUGGAGAGACGAUUCAUGCAGAGAGACUGGUUGGUUUUCGUACUGUGGAGUUGGUACAGGAAACUAUUCCUGAUUCUCCUGGCCUUAGCUUCUACUUCCGUAUCAAUGGGCAACCCAUUUUCCUGAAGGGCUCAAACUGGAUCCCAGCUCAUGCCUUCCAGGACCAGAUUACUGCGGUCAAUUUGACUCAACUGCUCGUGUCUGCACAGAUGGCACACAUGAAUGUUUUGAGAGUUUGGGGAGGUGGAAUCUAUGAACAAGAUCUCUUCUAUAUUCUAUGCGAUCAGCUAGGCAUCUUGGUUUGGCAAGACUUCAUGUUUGCAUGCGCGUUAUAUCCUACAGACCAAGAUUUUAUUGAGUCGCUGCGAGAGGAGGUCAUUCAGCAGGUAAGACGGCUGAAAUCGCACCCAUCCGUGAUCAUCUGGAGUGGAAACAACGAGAACGAGGCGGCCAUAGCAGCCAAUUGGUUUUUUAUUCCUCCUGACGAGAAGCCACGCUAUGUAAAGGACUACAUUCAACUAUAUGUAAAGAAUAUCAAAGAGAUUGUACUGCAGGAGGACAGCACAAGACCGUUCCUGGUGUCUAGCCCAACCAAUGGUGUGGAGUCUGAGAAAGAAGGCUGGGUGGCCCAGGACCCCUACGACACUCAUUAUGGAGACGUUCACUUCUACAGCUAUAAUACUGACUGUUGGGACUGGAAGACGUUUCCCCGCACACGCUUCGCCUCCGAGUACGGCUUUCAGUCCUGGCCCUCGAUGUCCACCAUCAGUAAGGUGUCAGUAAAUACAGACUGGGAUUUCAACAGCGAGUUUUCACGACAUCGACAGCACCAUGAAUCUGGAAAUGUGCAGAUUCUUCAGCAAGCAUCACUGCAUUAUGUUCUUCCCAACAACACAGACCUCAGCCAAAGAUACCGAGACACUAUAUAUAUUUCCCAGGUCAUGCAGGCACAGUGUGUAAAAGUGGAGACAGAAUUUUACCGCCGCAGUCGGAGUGACAUUGUUAUGGGUGAAGGUCACACCAUGGGUAGCCUCUACUGGCAGCUAAAUGACAUUUGGCAGGCGCCCUCCUGGUCAUCUAUAGAGUUUGGUGGAAAAUGGAAAAUACUGCACUAUUUGGCUGUCCAUUUUUUCAGUCCUCUGAUAUCAGUGGGGGUUGAAGAAGAUGAGGACUUGCUGAUCUAUGCAGUUUCUGAUAGGAACACAGAUAGUGUGCUACGAGUUACUGUGAAAUUAUACCAGUGGAGCAGUUUAACUCCACAGUGUUCUCUGGAGUCUGAUCAGACAAUAGUAAAAGGGGGUGGGGUCACAAAGGUGUUUCAGUCUCCAGUCUCCACGGUGCUAAAGCGUUGUGGAAAUUGCACCAGGAAAUCAUGUGUUGUCACCUUUGUCCUCAGUGGCCCAGAAGGUGUAACGAGUCCUUCCAACCAUCUGUUCCUCAGCUCACCAAAAGAUGCUGAGGGCCUCCAGAAACCCAACAUCACGUUCACCGUGGAGGAUACAGGGAGAAAAAUCAUGGUGAAUCUCUAUUGCUCAUCACCUGCACUGUUUGUGUGGCUGGAUGUGGAAGACAUUCCUGGCUUCUUUGAUGAUAAUGGUUUCUUAAUGAUAUCUAAAAAAUACACUGUUUACUUUACAAAAUGGGGCACCACUACUAUUCAGGAAUUCACCACCAAGCUGCACAUUACUUCACUUCGAGACAUCUACUGAGUGUUUGUUGUGUUGUGUUGUGUUGUGUUGGUGUGAGUGACCACACACAUAUCACUCACUCACUUAUCGUCUACUGUAUUAUAACUGCUUUAUCCUGUAUUCAGGGUCGCGGGGGGCUUGGAACCUAUCCCAGGAGACUUGGGGAGCGAGGCGGGGUACACCCUGAACAGGGGGUAGACACAUAUGCAGUAUUAAAUUACCACUGUUUAUUUUGAUUGCAUUGAUUCUGUCCUGAGAAUACUGUGGAUUUCCCUCUUUCUAAAAAUAUUGCACUAUAAAAUAAAAACUUUUCGAUAAAAUUGUUCUAUAACAGAGGGUAUGGAGGUGUGAUGGUUGGCACUAUGACCUUGUACCUCUAGGGACAAGGGUUUGAUACUUGAAUUUUUUGUGUUUUUUGAUUAUCUGUUUUGUUAUGCUUAGUUUUCAAUAAAAAUAUCAAAGCACAUAAGAUGGCUUUAAAAAAUAGUUUUUAAAGGGCUGUAAUAAUUGUUUAUUUCUUAUCAAAUAUUUUAUUUCAAAGAUUUGUGACUUUACAUGUCAGAAAUAAAUAUGAUGCACACACAAAAGCCAUCAGAAUGAAACAUCCAUUAAUUAACCUGGUCAUUUAGUACAUUCAGGUCAUCAGCUGACUUAAUUUUGUUGUCCAGACCUAACCAACUUAAACAACCCCAGAUCAUAGCAUUGAGGCUUGUACAGUGGCCACUAUGCAUGAUGUGAAAAUCUUAUUAUGAUGCACCAGUUACUCUGCAAUAGGGUCAAUCUGGACUGAUCAGACCACAUGACCUUUACCUUCUAAGUAACUGAAACCUGUUUUUUCCUCACUAACAAGUGUUUUUCUUAUGAUCAGUUCUCAUUACACUGCAAGUAUGAAAAUGUUCUUACCUUCAUUACUAAACAUAGCAGUGAUUUCUACUGCUGAUAUUUUUUACCAUGCAACUUUACCAAGCGAUACCCAUUCAUGAUUUUUUUUUUCCUGACCACAUUUUUCCUAUGAAAUUGACGGUUCUUGGAAGGAGAGUUCUUCAACCAAUUUAAAUAUUUUAAAAUCUCUUUAGUUGUUUCUGUUACUUAAUAAGAUGAAACCUAGUUUAAAUCCUUAGAAAAGGUGACAUUUUUUGGCAGUACAGUUGUUUUAGUUAAAUUUAAUUUUUGGGUUUAAAAUAUGCAUUUAAAAAAAAAUUGUUAAUUCAUACAGAAUUGUGUGAAGUGCGUAAACAAUCAGGCAAUCGUCAUCUUUUAGAAACUGCUGCCUAACUCUACUUUGAUUAAAAAGUGUUUGGUGCCAAUUUUGGAAAAACUUCCUAGCAGGCAUGUUUCUUUUUUAAUUUUUAUAACGAUUCAAGAAGUAUGCACUUUGGGAUGAAUAUAUACUGUGUAUAUACAGUAUAUAUAUAUAUAUAUAUAUAUAU